AUGACUGUAGAAGAGAAGAAGCUCGAUGCCAGCGAAGCGGCCGUCCAGCCCACGUCUAGCAAUGGCGAGGGCGAGAGCGAGCCACAGCAUCGGCAGUUGUCGAGAGAGCUCAAGGGUCGGCAUAUGCAGAUGAUUGCGAUCGGAGGUUCUAUCGGUGCAGGUCUCUUCGUCGGGACAGGGGGAGCAUUGAGAACGGGAGGGCCGGCUGCUCUUCUCAUAGGUUUCAUCAUCAUUGGUUGUAUGAUGAUGUGUACCGUCCAAGCUCUCGGAGAACUUGCAAUCAUCUACCCAGUCAAUGGUGCUUUCUACGAAUAUGCUGUUCGCUUCAUUGAUCCGGCCUGGGGCUUUGCAAUGGGGUGGGAGUACUCCAUCGGAUGGAUGGUCACCCUUCCCUUCGAAAUCACCGCCGCUGGCAUCACAAUCGAGUUCUGGAAGAGCAGAGAAGAAGUCAACCCCGGCGUAUGGUGCGCCGUCUUCAUGUCACUCUUGAUCAUCAUCCAAGUCUUUGGAAUCAUAGCAUGCAUCGGCUUCAUCAUCCUCGGCAUUAUCAUCAACGCCGGCGGCGUACCCACAGACCCUAGAGGCUACAUCGGCGCGCAAUACUGGCACAACCCAGGCGCCUUCAGGAACGGCUUCCAAGGAUUCUGCUCCGUCUUCGUAACCGCCGCCUUCUCCUUUGGCGGGACCGAAAUGGUGGGCCUCGCAGCCGCUGAAGCCAAGAACCCGCGCAAGACCCUCCCGAAAGCUACCCGCCAAGUCUUCUGGCGCAUCGCCCUCUUCUACAUCCUCAACAUCUUCAUCAUGGGCCUCAUAGUCCCCUCUGACAGCGACGUACUCCUCGGCGCCAGCGGGGCAAACACAAAGGCGUCCCCCUUUGUCCUGGCCGUCCAGCUUGCCGGGAUCCAGAUCCUCCCUCACGUUAUCAACGGCGUAAUCACCUGCGCCGUCAUCUCCGUCGCAAACAGCUGCACCUACGGCUCAACCCGCGUCCUCCAAGCCCUCGCCCAAUCCGGCCGCGCCCCCUCCAUCUUUGCCAAGAUCGACAAGUCCGGCCGGCCCAUCUACUGCGUCGCGCUACAAGUCGCCUUCGGCUUCAUCUCCUUCAUCACCUUCGCCGCCGACAGCAAGACCGUCUUCAACUGGCUUCUCGCCGUUACGGGCCUCUCGGGCCAGUUCGCGUACGCGAGCAUCAUGAUUGCGCAUAUCCGCUUCCGCAAGGCGUGGAAGGUCCAAGGGAGGAGCCCCGAGGAUAUACCAUGGAGGUCUGCGCUGGGUGUGGUGGGGAGUUAUGUUGGUGUGUUUCUGGUUUGUUGUUCGCUUGCUGCGACGUUUUAUUCUUCGCUUUUUCCCGUCGGAGGAGAGCCGAGCGCAGAGUCCUUCUUCCAGGGAUACUUGGCUGCUCCCAUCACCAUCUCUCUCUUCUUGUUUUGGAAGGUCUACACCAAAGAUUGGGGUUUCGGCGUCGACUUGCACAGCGUUGAUCUUGACAUGGGAAGGCGGCCUGAGGAGGAGCUUGAUGAUGUCUACGAAGGGGCCGAGAAGAAGAAGAGUGUUUGGAAGCGGGGAUUGUCGGUCAUCUUUUAG